AUGACUUCUUGUUUUAAUGCCCAGUUCACCCGAACAAGGUUGGGGCUAGCCACCUCAGCCUCUGUUCAACCGUCAACUUCAGCUCGAUCCGCCCCGAGCACCCACAUUCGUUCUUCGUCUUCUGUUUCGUCUGUUUUUCGACCUGUCGCUAUCCCAGCGAUCAAGUCGUCCACUCUUUCGAGGCCGUCGACCUCAGCUUCUAUGUCCCAGAAGACUGAGUCCUCGGUUCUCAGACAUGUUGAGCGUCUUCGCAAGGUCCGCGCUGCCCAAGCGACUUACAAGACCUCCUCAGCAUUUGCCAAGCCAGCAGUUUCGAUUCCUGUUCCGAAUCGACCUGCUGAAGGACCAGCUUGCCGUGUCCAAUCGACGGCGCCCUCUGCUGCCCGUAGAGAGCGCGCGUUCGAUUCUCAUAUUGAGAGGGUCACGCAGGCAAGAGCAAGGCGAUCGCCCCCGCCCUCUGCUCGGUCCUCACCUGCGACGCCACGCAAAGUGAGUCCAGUGCUGCCGCUUCCUCAGAAGUCGGCAGCCGUCGAUCUUGCCCGGAUCGAUGAGCAACUGGCUCAGCUUGUCGUCGCACCGCUCGCUGUCAAAAAGGCCAAGCCCACGCCCUUGGUCCCUGCUCUUAGGUCUUGCCUUAAGACCGGAGCAGCAGCGAGCAGCAAGAAGGUCCGCUUUCUGAACUCUCGUGGAUGGAAUAUCCACAGAGUCAGGGCGUAUGAACCGGGGAUUACCCCCCCGAAUACGUUCAUUCCCCUGGAGGAAGCGGUCCUCACGCAACCUAGUCUGAUACGUCCCUGCCGGAACUGGGGCUUUCUGGAGGAAAGCGUCCGGCAGAUGAUGGGCGGAUCCGACCAGGAACUCCGCUGGCCCCCGGUAGAACAUACUGAGCCUGCACUCAGAUGGGCUCGACGGGACCAGGAUCCUGAGUACUCCCGCCAGGUGCGGGAGCGCCUCAGCCAGCCGGUCAUCUGA